CGCAGCAUGCAAAUGAAGCCGGCAACAAAUUCCAGCAGGCGGUGGCAGCAUGGCGUUCACUCGAUCUCACCAAGCUGGUCUCCAGUCUGGACAGCACUGCAUCGGAGAUGGUCAACCAGCAAAAAGAGUCUCUCGUACAGCGGAAGGAGGUUGCAGCCAAGACAAAAGACUUUCGCAAAAUGGACGACGGAGACAAGCUGAGCGGCAUCAAGGACUUGCUCAAGAUGUACCAGGGAUACAUCGAUGUCCUCACCAACCACAAUAAGACCAUUUCUGCGGCAUUCAUGUCCGCCUAUUCGCCGCUGUCAGAAGCACCAGAUCCAUAUCCGUUACUCGAAGCAUCGAUCGAUUCACUGGUCACAGCAGACGAGGUGCUUCCGAGACUGGAGUCGGAGAACGAACAGCUACGGAAGCAGGUAUCUAAGUUGAAUACUCAGCUUGAGGAGUCAGAGAAACAGCUGGACGCAGAGCGGAACAAGAGACAGUCAUUUGAAGGGUCACAGGACAGCAAGAUGAAAGAGGUUGAAGAAUCGUGGUCCGCAGUACUGAAGGAGAAGGAGGAUAACUGGACUGCGAAGGAGAAGAGUCUUGAAGAGAAGGUAGAAAAUCAAGACAGACUUCUCAAAGAACUGAAAGCCAGCUAUGAAGUAUCACAAAGGUUGGAGAAGUCGGGUGAGGAAUCGCAAGACACAGGUCGCAAUGCUGCGAUCGCAGCUGAAUUGGAAAUUGUGAACUCAGAGCUGGAGAAGGCAAAUAUUCGUCUUGCCGAGGUCGAGGCGCGCAAUGAGCAGCUUCGUUUGGAGUUGGCCCAAGCUACAAGUCAAUCGAAGAGCUCAGCCAGAAGCACUGCCGUGGAAGACGAUCCUGCCUAUUUGCGACUACGAUCCGAAAACUCAUCGCUGCUUCGCCGCAUUGAAAGUGCACGAUACGAUCGUGAUGCCGACAGGACGAAGCUGGAGACGAAGCUGCGAAGCUUGGAGCGUGAACUCGGCUCACUCAAAGCUGACCGCGAGUCGCUGCAAACCAAGGUGCAGAAGUGGAGCGACUACGAUGAAGUUAAGAGAGAGCUCGACAUGCUAAGAUCGAUCGAAUUCGCCAGCGUGGAGGAUGUAGAAGCAGACGGCGACGAUUCCUCGCAUACGAACGGCAAGUCUGGAGAAAGUCUUGAGCAGCUGCUUGUUGCGAGAAACAAGAAGCUCAGCAACGAGCUUACGGAAAUGCGAGUGUCGCAUCAAGAAUUGCAGCGAAGGUUGGAGCAGCUGCAAGAAGAUCUAUCCGUGACGAACAUGGAGCUCGAAAAGACACAGAAGCUCAACGCGACUCUGGAGAAUGAUCUUCAGAAGACACAGCAAGAAGCUUCGAAUGCGUGGGAGUCCAUGUCAGUGGCAGGAACUUACACAUCACGCUACCCGAAGUCGCAGUACGGAAGCAUGCGAAGAGGCGGAGGAGGUCCAUCGCCGACCUCGUCGAUCAUCGGCGGCUUCGACCCACAGAGUGCAGGUGGUUCGCACUCGCCUCGUGGCACUCUCGAUGCGCUCCGAGCUGGUGAGGGUGGUGGUAGUGGCUCAGGCAUUCUACCCAUGGUCACUGCGCAGCGCGACCGGUUCAAGAAGAAGAUUGGCGAGCUUGAGCAGGAACUCCAAAGGCAGUACCAAACUGUGUCGGGCUUGCGAUCAGAGGUUGCAAGUCUGCAGAAAGACAACCUGAAUUUGUACGAGAAGACGCGAUACGUCAGCACGUACAACAGAACAGCAGCAUCUGGCGCGGCUUAUGGUGCAAAUCCCAAUGCGUCCACUGUGGCAGUUUCCGCGGCAGAUACACCCAGCGGCAUGUCUAUGGAUCGAUACCGAAGCGCAUACGAAGCCAACAUCUCCCCAUUCCAAGCCUUUCGAGGCCGAGAAAGUGCCCGGGCACUCAAGCGAAUGUCACUGCCGGAACGUGCUGUCUUCCGAGUAACACGCAUGGUGCUUGCCACGCGAACAAGUCGAAACCUUUUCGCUUUCUACCUCGUGGCUUUGCAUCUGCUGGUCAUCAUGAUGCUGUACUGGAUGGGCACUGCAGACGCAGCGACACAAACUAGCAAUCUCGGAGCAAGCACGUUGGCUCGAGAAGCUGCUAAGGUUGCGGCUAAGGGAGGUGCUGAGGAUCACGGAGACUGGCAUGCACAAGAUUGGGAG